AGAAAUCAUCUCACAAGAGGAAGGAAUACUCUCUAUCAAGGAAAGGAAUCAUGAAGACUCUACUCUCACUCUUCUGUCUGGUUACUUACCUCACCUGUGCUCUCAGUGCUAAUGGCUGGCCAGUCUCUCUUGACAUGGCUUGUAAUAAAGCUCUUUCUGCAGUUGCUUGCUCUUUUGAGUUUACCAACAAUGCAAAUGAGGAUCUUUAUCUACUCAAACGUAACACUCCUCUUGAAGGACUCAGAUCUCAAUUUGUCUCUGUCUCUCUUGAUGGUCAUCCAUUACAAUAUGAAGGAAUCAUCAUGUAUAGUCUCCCUCCUACAAAGGAUGAGUUUGUUCUCUUGAAGGCAGGUGAGAGUAUUUCUGCCUCAGUCCAAAUCACUGAUGCCUUUAGCAUUGAUACUGAUGGUCUCUACACUGUACAAUACAGUAGACCUUUACAGUAUCUGUCAGUGAAUGAGAUGAGUGCAAUGUCUACUGGUAAGCUCAGGGAAUCGUUUGUACGUGAAUCUGUUCACAUUCAUUUGGAAGACACUUCUCUUCUCUCAAGGCCAAAGGAGCAAAAAGUAGAAAUCGAUUACACUGUCUACAUUGAAUCCUGCACUGCUGCUAGUUUCUCUAACGGUGAUAGGAACAACUCUGCUACACUGGAUGCUCAUAAGAGGCUCUGUGCAGGACUUGAUAAAGCUAAAGGUGCAGUUGGUAACAACACUCGCUAUGUGACAUGGUUUGGAGCAUACACUGCAGCAAGAGCUGCAAUUGCAGCAGAUACAUACAGUAAGAUGAGGACUGGGAUAGGAAGCAAAUCUCUCACAUAUUACAACAAUGGUCCACUGUGCAAAUCCAACUGGAUAGCAUACACGUAUAAAUCAUAUUCUCAAACAGUUACUUAUCUUUGCAACUUGUACUAUGAUGAUCCAACAGCCUGCAGGGGUACCGCCUACACUAAAGAAGGUACAUUGGUCCAUGAGUGGGCUCAUGCUCUGGCUGCCCGUGAUGAUGUUGCUUAUGGUCCCAGUAAUUGUAAGAGCCUGGCUAAAAGUAAUCCUGAUAAUGCCUUGAGAAAUGCUGAUUCCUAUACCUACUUCUAUUGUGAGGGUCGAUAAGGAGCUCAUCAGCUAAAAGCCAAGAACUUUAGGACUCAUGCAACACUAUAGGACAUGCACAGUUUAUUUUUGC